AUGUCAGUGUUAUCGAUAAUCGAAGAGGUCAUAUAUGAACUAAUAAAAGUUUUGGAAUCAGGAGACAUAAAUGAAACCAAGAAAUCACAUUUUCUGGAGCUAUUACUAAAGAAACCAGCAGAAUUCGCACGUCUAAUGGUUAUUUUGAAAAUGGCUCAUGAAGCUGUACGAGAGGACAAAUUCAUAACGAAACGAUCCAUAUAUUACUCAAACCCCAUCUUAUUCAAAAAACAGUCCACUAUAGAUCCUCUACUGUCAAAGAUUUGUCAACAGCUUAACCUUCCCCGGUGCGCCCUUAAGAUAAAUGCUUCCUCCAAGUUGAUCAUCUAUGGUGACAUUCAUUUUGGAACUAGAUGUCAAGACGAUGUUUCUAAGAAAAUCCAGGUUACACCUGAAAGUUUGCAUAGAACUGGACAUGAAGUUAUUAUCUCAGAAUGUUUACCUCAAUUUAUUUUGGUAAUUGAAAAAGAUACAAUUUUCCAGAAACUUUUAAAUGAGAAUUUCUAUGAAAAAUUCAAACCUUGUUUAUUGGUUACGGCUAAAGGUUACCCAGACUUGAUAACUAGACAAUUUCUUGCUAGAAUAAACUGUUUAUAUUCACACAUUCCAAUGAUUGGACUUUUUGAUGCUGAUCCUCAUGGUAUAAAUGUAUUCUGCACUUACAAGUAUGGCAGUAUGAAUCCUAUGAUGCAAGAUACAGAUGGUAAACCAAUAAAAAUACCGAAUCUUCAACUUUGUGGACUAUUACCAACUGAAAUCUCAUUUCUUCAAAUUAAACAAACUGAAUUGUUACAAUUAACUAAAACUGAUCGAGCACUAUUGCAUUCAAUGCAAAAACGUACAUACAUUCAACAAGAAUCAAUAUUAUUAAAACAAAUUAAACAUUUAUCAUGGAUAGAAAAGAAAGCUGAAUUAGAAAUUUUGAAUACAAUUCAUUCACACUAUUUAACAAAUGAAUAUUUACCGAAUAAAUUAGAAGAAUUAUUAGGUAUUUUACCGAAUCAAUGAUUAUUGAUCAAAAAAAAAUUAUUGAAUUAAAAUUUUCUAUU